CUCUCCGUCUCUCUCUCCCUUCGUUCUCCUCUUCUUCAUCACUCUUGUUUUACGCGUGUGAUAUGUGAUGUGAUACACGGGCUGUAAUCAUCCCAAUGACUCUCGUCGACCAUGGACGAUGAUUUUGUUUCGGUUUUUCCAUUCGCAUCACGGGAAUAUCGCUUCAGCGUCGACGCAGUCCAUGAGCACAAGGGGGUUUUCGCUUCCUAUGACUGCUAAAGGAUAUUUCUGCAUGUCGAGAGACUGAAGAGACACGGAGAACACCUUCAAUGCCGUUGGAACAUGUCAUAUGUUCCCUUUCAAGAUGCGAGGUAUGCUGUCCCCCCCUCCUACCGACACCAGCCCUCCUUCGCUGCUGCUCCCUCCUGCGAGCAACCCGACUGGAAUCCUCGUCUGUGUGUGAUCAGUGGAAAUCAGCUCUACAUGUUGGACCAGGAGGAGGUUCACCCUUUGUUGAUGCGCGAGCAGCGCUCGGAGUCGCACAGGAACAAGCUGCUGCGACGGACGGUCAGUGUGCCUGUGGAGGGGAGGCACCAUCCUGAAAUGGCAAACAAGCCUUCAUAG